AUGUUAUGGCCUCCUACUCUACCUCCGCUGCCUCCAUUACCGCCUCCGCCGCCUCCACCACCACCACCACCUUCAGCUUUAAGUCUUAAUUCUGUCGCUUGUUCCUCCUCCUUAUCCCCAUUAUCCUUAUUGAAAUCAUCAUAUAAUGGUUUACUAUCAGAUGACAAUGAAUCUUUAUUACAAAAAUAUGCUAAACAAACAAUACAGUUAUUAGAAAAAAAUCAAACAUUAUUUAAUUAUACUACUACUAAUAACAAUACUACUAAUAAUCCCUUUAUCAAUCAAUUCACAGAAAUUCAUAAUCUCACUACUUCACCAUUGAAUAAUAACAAUUUUAAAUUGAACAUUGAACAUUCUAGCGGUUAUGAUAAAAAUCGAACACCCCCAUUAACAGCAACAACAACAACAACAUCCUCAUCGUCUUUGUCAUUGUCACCGCAUGGCGGAGAAUUCAUUCAGCCAAACAAUAAUAGUACUACAACUAUGAUCGAUACUAACACGACUACUAUGAUCAAUAAUCAUGAGACACAUUGGAAUGUACAUUCUACACCAUUUGGUUCAAUAUUUUAUCAUACAACAAAAAAUUCCGGUUCAUUUGAGAAAUUGAAUAGUGAACAUGAAACAUUGAACACGUUGACUACUACGACUACUACAACUACCGGUACAUUGGAAUUAGAUCAAUGUAUGAUGCCUUCUUCAUAUGAUCAUUAUUUUGAUAAUGAUUCAACUCAUCAAUACACAAACAAUAGUACAUGUAAUAAUAAUAAUAAUUUGUCGAAUGACUUGUAUGAUCAAAGUUUAUCAUGUUCCACACCAGAACAUCACCAUCAUCACCACCAACACAAACAACAAGUACAGUCAACUAUGAAUACUACUAAUACUACUAAUACUAGUAUGACGACAACUACAACUACUACGACUACUACUAGUACUACUCAUACGCCAACUAGUAGUAGUAGUAGUACAAUACAUAUUAAUGGUGUUGUACAUAAUACAUUGAGAAAAACACGUUCAGAUGUGAAAGUAAUGCAUAGAUAUUUAAUACAAAUUAAACAUGAUACACGUGAAAUACAUCAAAUUCCAUCUGAUGAAUUAGAUAGUUAUAUACAAGAUUUUGUCUUGACUGCAAAAAAGAAAGAUGGACAUGAAUAUGAACCGGAAUCAUUGAAAGCUUUUGUACAUUCAUUGGAAAGACAUUUAAAACAUCAUGGUUAUUCACAUUCCGUAUUGAAAGGUAAUGCAUUUGCUGGAACACGAUCUGUGUUGAAUCAACGUUUAAAUGAAUUACGUGCACUUAGUCGAUCUGGUAUACCAAUCAAUAAUAAUAAUAGCAGUAGUGGUGGUACUAGUAGUAAUAUACAUGCUUACUCAUCAAAUGGAACUAAUCCUAAUCACAAUAAUACUAACAAACGUUUAUCAUCUGGUGUUGAUAAUGACUCAUCAUUGGAAAAUCGAUCGAUAAAUUAUACUAGAAAGUAUCAUUCCAAUCCGAAUGGAUUAUCAUCAGCGGAAUUACUUCAAGCUGGUAUACUGGGUACAGAGAAUCCUCAGGCAAUAUUAAAUAGUUUAUGGCUUAUGAAUCGUACACAAUUCAAUAUUGGCGGUACACAAAGACAUCGUAAUUUAGUUUGGGGUCAAUUUCAACUGAUCACUGAUGAUAAUGGUAUAAAAGCCAUUAAAUUCACACCAUUAUUUGAAUCUGCUGAAGUACGAUAUUGUCGUGGUUAUGGUGGAACACGAGGUGGUGGUAGUGGUGCACCGAAUCAUGAUCCACUGGCUAAAACACAACCUCUAAGUUGUACUGGUAGUGCAAAACGUCAACCACUUCCAUUUAAUUGUGUAGAAUUAUUUGAAAUCUACGCCAAUCUGAGACCAUUAGAAGCUCGUGGUGUUUCUGAACCAUUCUAUUUAUGUCCAGAUACCAAUUGGGAACAACAACAACAACAUGCCUCACGUUCAAUCAGUUGGUUUAAAACCAAUGCUGCUGGAUCACAAUUAUUAUCACGUAUACCACGUUCACUUGGUUUGAAACCAUCAAAAGAACCAAUACCAGUGUUAUCCAAUGUGCCGAAAUUACAAACAACCAAUUCAUCAAUCACAAAUCCAAUAAAAGAUUCACAAAAGUUAAUUACAAAUUAUUCUAGUCAAAUUUUAUCAAAUUAUCGUGAUAUUUAUCAAAUACAAUCACAAAAUAAUAAUAAUAAUAAUAAUAAUAAUCACUAUUUAAAUAAUCUUACACAUUCAAUGUCCAAUACUAAUUUAAUUCCAUCGAAUUUAUUCAAUUUUUUGCCUUUUCUAUUUUCAUCACCAUUGUCAUCAUCAUCAACAUCAUCAUCUUGCUACUCUUCCGCUACAACGACAACCAUGAAUACAACAACAACAACAAAUACAACAAUACCAUUAGCAACAUCAACUAUUGACGAGUAUAGUUUAACUUGUCAUUCAUUAUUGAAUGCAUCCAUUUCAUUGCCAAAUAUUAUACAAAAUUUAAAUUCAAAUUUAUUUCAACAAACAUUGAAAGAGAAUUUGUUGACUAUUAAUGAAAAGUAUAAUAAUAAUAAUAAUAAUAAUAAUAAUAAUAAUAAUAAUAAUAAUAAUAAUGUGAAUGACAGUGUUCAAUGUUCACGUGACCAAUUUGAACAAGAACAGUUUCGAUUCAAUGUGACAUCAAUUGACACCAUUGAUAAUAAAGUUGAUAUUGACAAUUAUACUCAUAAUGAUGGGGAAGAAGACGAAGAAGUAGAAGAAGGAAGCGAAAUCAAUGUAAACAAAGAAAAUGACAGAGUAACUAUUGAAACAUUGAAUUCAAAUUGUUUUUCACCAACAAUAUCAGAACAAGAAAUGGAACAUUUAUCAACAGUAGAUAAUAAUAAUAAUAAUAAUAAUCAUAGUAAUAAUAGUCAUUGUUCAUCAAAAUUAUUCACAAAAAUAAGAAAUGAUUUUAUUCAUUCACCAUCUCAAACAGAUGAACAAUAUGAAUCGAUUGUAUGCAGUACACAUCAUUCAAAAUCAUCUACACAUUCUUGUUGUUGUUCUUCUCCUGCUUCUUCUUCUUCUUCUUCUUCUUCGUGUUCACCUUCAAAAAAUAUUGAAACAUUGAAUCCGAAAUCGCAUCAUCCUCAUCAUCGUCAUCAUCAUGAUGACCAAAAUUAUCAACAACAUGAACUGAAAUCAACUCAUCCAUCAUGUGAACAUAAUGAACAAGAAAGAGAUUUAAAUUGUAGAUUGUCUGAUGAUUACAACAUAGAACACUGGUCAUCGCCAUCAUCAGCUUCGUCGUCAUCAUCAUCACCAUCUCCUCGUUUAACAACACCUUUAUCAUCAACAAUGAUAACUAAUACCACUACACCCACAGUAUCUUCCUCCUUCUCCUCCACGUCAGCAACAACAACCUCGUCGUCGUCAUCGUCAAUAACAUCAGUCAAAUCGACAACAUCAAUCAUGUUAACCGAUUCAACAAAACUCAAUAUUUUAACACAAUGUAAAACGUGAAAAAAGCACACAUUUUGUAUGACAAAG